UUUUUUCUUCCCUAAACCAAUAUUAGGUCUUACAAGAACUUUGGGGAUUUUGCCCUCAACCGACAUGGUGGAGUUGCGUCGCAUUCGAAGGUCAGACUCACUCUAAUUUGUGAUUGGCCAGUACAGACAGAUCACGCCCACUUCGCCGUCCUUCGGAGGCCUUCUCCCUCGCUGAGAAGUUGUGACGCCUGCCACUCACGAGCUGCAACCAAUCGGGUGGUUUUAUCCUUUAGCUCGGAGUGGAAGACUUGAAGGCGCUCGCUGGUAACUGCCAUCCAAGAUGUCGGCUUCGUGUGCGUUCCCCAUGUGUGUGCGAGCGAGCCGGGGCCUCCUCAGGCUCCGCAGCGGUGCGGUCGCCGCGGUGGACGGAGUACGUACACUGUCCACGGACAAACCGGUGGCCGGGCACGACGGUGCGACGGGGGGUCUGGCUCAGGCGAUUCUCCAGGAGCGGCUCCAACAGCAGAGUCAGGGCCAGCCUCCUGCAGAGGGCGUGGAAGCUGCGCGCGGCGGAGGCGAGCAGGCAGGCGGCGACAAGAAGCAGAAGGAGAACACUGCCUACGCCAAGAAGAUGGUGCUCAGGUUGGCGGGCCUCAUGGGCCUGGGCGGCGCCGUCAGCAUCGUCUACAUAUUUGGGACCAAUUCAGUAGACGAACAAGGAAACCAGAUUCCCGAUGAGUUCGACAAAGAACCUCCAGUGGUCCAGCAACUGAAGAGAACUGUUAAGUACUUCCAGGACUACAGACAGAUGAUCAUCGAGCCCACCAGUCCCAAACUGUUGCCAGACCCAGUGAAGGAGCCUUACUACCAACCUCCGUACACACUGGUCCUGGAGCUCACAGAUGUCCUGCUGCACCCUGAGUGGUCGCUGGCAACCGGGUGGCGCUUCAAGAAACGUCCCGGCAUCGAUUACCUGUUCCAGCAGCUGGCGCCGCUCUACGAGAUCAUCAUCUUCACCGCAGAGACCGGCAUGACGGCGUACCCUUUGAUUGACGGCAUCGACCCGCAGGGUUUCGUCCUCUAUCGUCUCUUCAGAGACGCCACGCGCUACAUGGAUGGACAUCACGUCAAGGAUGUGUCGUGUCUGAACCGCGACAGCAGCAAGGUGAUCGUGGUGGACUGCAAGCGCGAAGCGUUCAGUCUGCAGCCGUUCAACGGGAUGGCGCUCAAGAAGUGGGACGGAAACUCGGACGACCGCACGCUCUAUGACCUCGCCAACUUCCUAAAGACCAUCGCGCUGAGCGGCGUGGACGACGUGCGCUCGGUGUUGGAGAACUACGCGGCCGAGGACGACCCCGUCGACGCCUUCAAACGCAGGCAGGCCCAGCUGGCACAGGAGGAAGAGCAGCGGGUGGGUGAGUGGUCGCAGCAAAAGAACUCUGGUUUGUCUCUGGGCUCCAUCGCAUCGCGCUUUUGGCGCUCCAAGCAGCAGUGAGCGAGCCAAGAAAUGCUGCUUUUCUUGGGGUGACGAGAGCUUUUGCUGGCCCCUCCCCCUCAGAGGAACAGAGCUUCUGAUUGGACAAAGGAGAGAAAGGGAGACGGGCUGGCUGUCGCUCUUUAAGAUCUGACCCGAGAUCUACCGAACUACAUCAAUGCCGUCCGUCACGGCGACCGCAACAAAGAUGGUGGCCGAGUGUGGCUGACGAUGUCGUCGCGAGAGGGCGCCGCAGUUGUCUAUCAUGUGACCACUUCCUGUCAUCGCCCUUUUUGUUGUUGUUUUCUAUUUAUUAACUUAAGUUUCCACGCCAGCUUGACUUUGCGUCUUUGUGCUCUUCAAGGUCUUCCUGUCUUGUUCUUCUCUUGCUUGCGGUCGCUUGUUGCAGAUCAUGUGAUGUGGACGUACGACGACUUCUUCAAUUAAAGAAAAAAACAAGCUCCUA